CGGCAGUGCAGUGACCAAGUGUGUGGACCACUCUCGAGGAGGCAACAACUCAACAUGAAACUAUUCGUCGCUCUUUCCGUUCUGGUGGCGGUGGCAUCGGCCAUGCCCCAAUUUGGUGGCGGCAACGCCAACGCGAAUGCAAAUGCCAAUGCUCAAGCCCAAGGCUUUGGAGGCGGAGGCCGUCAAGGAUUCGGAGGCGGACCAGGCUUCGGUGGUGGGCCAGGAUUCGGUGGCGGACCAGGAUUCGGUGGCGGACCUGGAUUUGGAGGUGGCCGACCUGGAUUUGGAGGUGGCGGCUUUCCACGUGGCCCAGGAGGUGGGGGCAACUUCGGAGGUCGUCCUGGAUAUGGUAACCCAGGAUUUGGAGGAGGCCCAGGAUUUGGAGGUGGCCCAGGAUUUGGAGGUGGUCCAGGAUCUGGAGUUGGCCAUGCAUGGAACGGAGGCGGCGGCACCUCUUCUGCCACAGCUUCUUCCUCAGCAACGGCCAAUAGUGCCGGAGGAGGAGGCGGUGGCUCGGCAACUGCUUCUUCCUCGGCUUCUGCGGCGGCGGGUGGUGGCGGUGGCGGUAGAUUCCGCGGUUAGAUCAAGCCAAAACUUUUUUGGAGUUAAGCAAUAAGAAAUUACUGUAAAUAAAACAAAAAUUAAUUAAAUGUACAAUUUUAUUUGUGUUUAAU